AAUAAAGCACAUCUGGUUGCAUAACUCAUCUCAAGUUUAACCUACAAUUUGAAAUAAAUACACAAAACGUAUCCACGUUAAAAGAACUGCUCUGAUUGUAUCAGUUCUUCAAAAAAUAUAACUGAAUCCAUGGUUAUUUAACGAUUGUUUACCAAUUUCUCAAAGAUGAGUACGCAGUCUGGUAACGGAUCGCGGACGAGACCACAGAAGUACCAAAACCGCGUAGCUUACAAGAACAAUCUGCAUGACACGAGCCACAAGACGAAGAAGUUAAAUGCAAUUCAGGUGUCGGAGGUGUGCGAGAAGUGCAGGGCAGUCAUCGAGUGGAAGAUCAAAUACAAGAAGUACAAACCUCUAACGCAGGCUAAGAAAUGCGUCAAAUGUGAGGAGAAGAAGGUGAAAAAGGCGUACACCGUUCUGUGCUCGGAUUGCGGUAAGAAACAUAAAAUUUGCACCAAGUGUCUGGAGUCAAAGGAAAUCGUGCCGAGGGCACCAAGCAAGAAUGAAGAACUGAAGAUGGACCUGGAGCUCAAACAAAUGCUCCAGACGCUGUCUGAGCGCAAACGUAGAACAUUCAUCCGAUAUAUGAAUAAAAAGAAAUCUGACGAUACUCAGGACACGAACGAAACUGCACCAAUGAAGAAGGAGGAACUCGUGAAGAAGCUUAACGCGCUCAAAGUUGAUGACGAAGAGAACGAUUCUGAUUUCGAUUAUAGUGACUUUAGUGAUAAUGAAGAUGAUGAAAAAGAUGACGAUGAUGAUAAAGAUUCUUCAUAAUAGAUGUGACUUAUUUUAUUACAAUAUUAUU